AUGGCCGCCGAGCCGUGUCCUGACCCCAGCGUCCACAAACACCAGCGCAACUUGUCCGAGCAAGCAUCGACGGCCGCCCUGUACGUGACGAGGCCCGCCAGCGCCUCGCACAAUGAAGCCAACGUGAAAGACGACAAUGUCCUCGGGCCCGAUGGCAAGUUGUCGUCCAAAAGCGCCGCCGCUUCGUUAAAGCAUGCCAAGCCACAAGAUCUGCCGUCGUUCCCGUCGCAUGGCACACCUGCAGACUCCGCCGGCAAAGCCGCAAUGCUGGCAAAGGACUACAAAAUGAAGGAGCUGUGGCAGCCAGAGCAGAGUGUCGCGGGAUCCAAGGCUGCUGUGCUGGCGGCUGGCAAGGGCGCGAAGUUGGAUCUCUGGGAAGCUCAAGCCACCGCUGCUGGCCAGUCUGCCGCCUCUCUCGCAUUUAAGAAUAAGGGACUGAGCCCGCAGGCGUACGGCGGCAACACACCUGAGAACAAGAGUAAGGCACUGCAGGCAGCUGCCAUGUCGGCGAAGGCCAGCAGAGCGCGCGCUGCAUCGACCCCCACACUCGCGCCAGCACUUUACCCAGAUGCCCACAAUGCAGUGCCCAAUGCCUUGAAUGCUGCAACCGUCUCGCACCGGAACUCAGCCAAGGUGAAGUCGGACCACAAUGGUGGAUGGAACGACGCAGCGAACCAGGCGGCGCGCAUUAUGAACAGCCAUAUGGACCCUCAACUAUUCACAGAGCACCCAGGCAUUCAGACGGAUGAAGACAGACGUCAAGCCGCGCUCAAGGCUUCUGCUAUCUCCAUGGCUAAGAGGAUGUACGAGAACCAGAACCGAGACGCCAUGCUAGCAGACCCGGAAGCACCCGGAGCACAUCACGCUGGUGCGAGAGCCGCAGCACGUAACGAGGCUAUAGCACAUCCGGAUGUGAAGCAAGAAGCUUUGGCAUAUCUCAGCUUGCAGGACCACGCGCAUAAGCUUGCAGCCGAACGACUAGCUAAGAUUGAUAAGGAUAUGGAGGCUUCUCGAUUCCGCGAGCAUUACGGCUAUGAAGAUAAGCCGAAGAGGCUGUCAUCAAGACUGUCGAUGCGAAGCGUCGGUACUGGAGGUCGACGAGGUAGAGCUGUGAGCGAAAGCGCAGCUAACGCAUCCGACUCGGACGAUGACCAGGCCGCAGCGCGUCGAAUCCGCAAGCAGAUGGCCAAUCUGGGCAGUGCCUCGAAAGACGUUGACGAGAAGAGGCAACGUGAAGAUCGCGCGAAAGUCUUGGCUGCUGCAGAGAAGAGAGUGUCGAGUCGGAUGCAUGAUAUGGAUCAGCAGGUGUAUCGCGAUACUGGCAAAGUCUCGGAGGCCAUGAUGGCUGAGUGGGAGGAAAAGGCACGUGUUCGAGCUCAGCAAGAACGUGAGAAGAAGGCUGAGACUCCUGGUCGAACUCAUAUCGGUGGUGGCAAGUAUAUGGAGACGGCAGAUAUCGAAGCCAUUGCAGCUGCUAGGCUGAAGGGCACGCUUGACGAGAUCAAUGCGACCGCCGAGCAGAGACGAGCACGAGAUGCUGAGAUUGCAGCGGAGAAGGAGGAGCAGGAGCGACUCAAAAUGGAGCAGAAAAUGCAAGAUCAAGCUCAGAAGGAGGAAUGGCGGCGCAUUCGAGACGAAGACAAAGCGGCGGCCAGAAGACAGAAGGAGGAAGAGAAGCUUCGCAAGGCUGAAGAGAAGCGAAUCGCGACCGAAGAGAAGCGACUUGCGAAGGAAGAGAAACGCAAGAGCAGAGACGAGAAGAGAGACACAGCUGCUGCAGUUGCUGCAGGUGCUACACUUGGCGAGGCUGCGGCCAAAGUCAGACAAGAUGACGAGCCUGAACAAGACACUGUUGCAAAUAACGGCAGGGAGAAGCACGCGUCUGCUUUCAGUCGGCUGAAGGAUCACUUUAGGAAGAGUGGCUCUCACAAGGAGCAGAAGCAAGAUCAAGAAGCUGCCAAGGAUUCCGAUACGCAUAAUGAGGCACCUGUUGUCGCUGGUGGUGCAGUGGCCGGUGCUGCUACUGGCGCAACCAUGGCAGACAUUGGACAUUCUGGUGACAGGGAUCUGGACGCGCAGCAGGCAUCACACGUCCUCGGCGAGGAUGAAAGCAGACCUGCUACUGCAACCACCAUCACGACAGCAGAACCCGAAGUUGCACCUCUUGCUCAGCCUGUAUCGCCUCUUACGGAGGAAGAGAAGCAUCUCGAGACGCCAGCUCCAGCUGUGGCUUCUGCAGAGCCUGAGGAGGUCCACAGCUCCAGCCUUGACCGUGAUGCUGCGAUUGUCGGCACGUCAGGUGCCGCAGUCGGCGCAGCUUUUCUACGAGAUCAUGAGAUCAGCGAGCACAAGGGUGCUUCAGACGAGCGCUCCUCCAUCUCUGGCAGCGUGAUAGCAGACGAAGAACUGGACGAUGACAAGCUGACUCAUGAUGAUCCCACGCGUCCAAAGUUUGAGCAGCAGCCCAGUUUUACCUUGCAUGGCGACGAGGUGCCGACCACCACCGUGACAUCCAGCACGAAGCCGGACCUCGAGAGGCAUAUUUCACAAAUCCCGGAGAGCGAUUUUGAGGAUUCGGACGAGGAUAGCGAUGACUGGAAUGAGAAACACGCUGAGAAGGCUGCUGCCGCCGCGGCAGCUGUCGCUUCUACUGGUGUCAUUGCUACCCCUGCAGCGCAAGUUGAAGCUGAGCCUGAGCCCCCAGUUCCCUCUGCCGAAGUGUACGAAGAGACAAUGACCAGGAUGGAGGAUCAAAGGGCAGAGCCGCCGACCGACCUACCCUCAACUAUACAGCCGCCCGGUGUGCCUAAACACAUCCCGACUGAUGCUAUCUCGACCAUGGCGAUCAAGUCCGUGAACAACUCUCCGGUGACAGGCACAGCCGCGUCCUUCAAAGAGGGUGAAAAAGAUCGUCACAACAAGCUCCAGAAGAAGUCUGUCAAGGGCAAGGAACCAGCUCUUGAGCCAGUCUCUACUGCCGGUACAGCCAGUGCUGUGAAGGUCUCGGAAGACAGGCCACGCGAGUCUGCUGCAGCGCCUGCUUCUCCAGCGAAAAUCACUAAGACCGAAAGGCAUGAGCAUCAAGAUGAGAAGGACGAGAAGAAAGGCCUUCGCGGACUCAUCUCACGCAUUCGUCACAAGUCAAAGUCGGAGAAGCAAGCUGGCUCGUUCAUGACGACAACCAACUCCAACGACAGCAGCGUGCCAUACGAUUCCACGAAAGCCGGACGGAAGCCAAUGCCAGUGGCCACAGCAACCGACGCAGCCAAAGCGGAAAAUAGUGCGACAUCCCCAAGCACAAUCCCACCUGUCGACACAGGCUCCAAAUUUGAAGUCCCAACCCACACCGGCACAGAUGGUGGCAUAGGCGACUCGACCCGCAUCUCAGGCAUCGGUGGUAAUCCCGAACCAGUAUCGCCAUCCUCUUUCAAUCGCCACGAGCAAGAUCUUCAUGACCCAGAUGACGUCUCAUCUUCCGGCGCC